AUGGCAACCCUAAUUUCUUCCAAAUUACCAUCCCCUUCAGAAGAAGUUGUUGAUGAAUCAAACCAACCCAAAUCAGAUUUAGAUUUUAAUCUCUUGUUUAACCAAAAGAUUGCUGCUAAUGAAGAUCAUUCAAUUAGUGGUGGUGCUGAAGAAGUUGAACUCAAACUCUUUAGCAGAAAGCAACCCAGAAAAAGAGGUUUCUCAUGCAACUUCUGCAACAAAAUUUUUCCCACGUCACAAGCCCUGGGAGGACAUCAAAACGCGCAUAAACAAGAGCGGGCAAUUGCAAAACGACGUAAGGAUCAGACGGAGAUGGGAUUGGAGACUCUAGGUCAUCGUUUCUCUUAUUAUCCUUAUAGUAAUUCAAGUUUUACUCGUCAUCAGAUCCCUGUUUAUGGAUCUUACAAUAAUAGAUCAUCACCACUUGGGGUCAGUGUGCACUCUCAUAUGAUUCGAAAGCCCGCCGUGGCUGCUUUUCCGUUGGUGUCACUCCGAGAUCGGUUUGGUCAUGGCGAAGGCUUGAUGAAUUCAUCAAGGCUAGCUAAUUAUUAUGAUGACAAACUCAGGCUAUUGCAGCAGGCUCACAAGAGUCCAUUACAAAGUGAUCGUGAUCAAGAUGAUUCACUAGGACUAGAUUUAUCUCUUAAGCUUUAG